GAGAAACAGGAGCUGCUGGCCUGUGUAGAGCCGAGUUUUGAAUAAGGAGGCACUUGUUGUGUGGGGGGUGACAGCACAGGGCCCGGGCUGAGGGUGUGAGGGAGCUGGGUAAGGUUAGGUGGCUAAUGCAGCAGCGGAGGUAGAGCUACAGCAAGAGAGGGGAGCGGGGUUUAGCCAGACAAUACCCAGCACUAAAGCUCAGUACAGGAGAGCAGCGGCUCUCAAUGUGGGGAUAUGCAGGGCGGGAUUAGGCACGCUGUUUGCGGGGAUAAACAGGCGCAUUCAAAAGCUGAAACAAUCCCCCGGGCUUGCUUAUUUAUCAUCCUGAAUUCCACUAGCCGGCUAAACUGAGCUAAGCUGCUCUGCUCCCUCCCUCCCCCACUAUUGUUGUGCCAUGUCCGCCCCCUCUAGUCACCUCUCAGUGUGAAUAUUAGCUAACCCAGACGCUAAAUGAAGAGUAAGCUUCAAGCCCACGAAACAGAGAUCCGCCGAUUCUCCUGUGAAGCUCCGCACCCCCUUACAUUGUAUGUGUGGCAACAACAUGUCUGCGCCGCUGCUCGCCGAGGCCGUGACGGUAUCUGGGACGGAGAAAGAGACCGCUGCGGUCAUCUUUCUCCAUGGUCUGGGUGACUCGGGACAUGGCUGGGCAGAUACCAUGACAUCUAUUAGGCUGCCAUACGUUAAGUACAUCUGCCCAAAUGCACCUAGAAUCCCUGUAACACUUAAUAUGAAGAUGACCAUGCCCUCGUGGUUUGAUCUGAUGGGCCUCAGCCCAGAAUCUCCUGAGGAUGAGGCUGGAAUUAAGAGAGCAGCAGAGAACAUCAAGGCCCUCAUUGACCAUGAGACAAAAAAUGGGAUCCCUCCUAAUCGUGUCCUUCUGGGCGGGUUCUCUCAGGGUGGAGCGCUAUCCCUCUACACUGCUCUUACCAGUCAGCAGCAGCUAGCGGGUGUGGUUGCUUUAAGCUGUUGGUUACCGCUUCACAAGACCUUCCCACAGGCAGCAAGUGGCAGCGCGAACAAGGAUAUACCCAUUCUUCAGUGUCACGGAGAAAUGGAUCCCAUGAUUCCAGUGCAGUUUGGGGCCAUGACAGCUGAGAAGCUUAAGACCAUAGUGAACCCACAGAAAAUCACCUUCCGCACCUACCCAGGCCUCAUGCACAGCUCCUGCCCCCAGGAGAUGUCUGCUGUGAAGGACUUCAUUGAGAAGCAGUUGCCCCGAAUCUGACCUCACUGUGACCCUUAGACACCGACCUCUCACCUCUGACCCGCCAUUCUCCCACAGGAAACAGCCAUGAGCAUCCCCUACCACACACACACACACACACAAACAAACACAGAGGCAUGAGCAUCCGUCUGUACAUACUGUGAAGACACGACGCGUUCGUACAUUGGUGUCUCAUGCCUUUGUACCUUCAUACACAGAUCAUGGACAGUCAUUUGAGGUUCUGUGUCAUUGUGCAUUUUACAGUGUUCAGUGUACACAAGCAUACGCUCAAUAUGCACCCAGUUUAACCCAACAACAUUUGGGAGAAUCACUGAUUUUUCACUAUACAUUCCCAUUAACGUUGGAAUCUUAAAGCAUUUCUCUGCACCUUUUUAAGGCUCUCUCUCUCUUGCUCUCUUUCUUGCUUUCUUUUACUCUUACUUUCUACUCUUCUCUGUGUGAGAAGCGGUGCGGGCAUCACUCUGCUAUGCUGCCCGUAAGAACACCGCUUGAACUUCCCAGCACUGCCUGCUGCACCCAGGCUGCUGAAGAGCACAGCUCUGACAGGCCUGCGGUGCUGAAGGUCCAUCAGAGCCUGUAACUGGUGCCGUCUGGAGUGACUCAUGCAAUACUGCUCUGCAUGCUGCUGCUCUCACAGUCCAUGGUUGCAGGGAAAAGAGGAGGGGGAGCACCAUGCUGCCUCCAGGCCUCUCACGGGUGCUCCUGCUUAUGCUGAAAUAUUUUGGACUAGAUACAAAUGAAAUAAAGGCAAAAAACCUCUGAAAUAAAUCAAUUGAAUAAACCAUGUUAAUUGUUCUUUCA